AUGUGGAAAUGUCUGAUUGGGGCACUUCCGGUAGCGUCUGCGCUGCAGAGAAGAAGCAUUGAGGUGGAUGUUCUAUGUAGAAGAUGUGGUGAACAGAUGGAGACACCAGAGCAUGCGCUUCGUGACUGUAAAUGGGUGGAGGUGAUGUGGGCUGUCUCUCCUAUCCGUCUUUCACCUCUGCAAUCGAUGUGCUCAAUCCCAGAUUGGUUUGACAAAAUCCGCCUUUGUCCUCAAAGGGAAACUCACGCUCAGUUCGCUACUCUUGCAUGGGCUGUGUGGUAUGCGAGAAACAUGCUGUUGUUCCAAAAUAAAGAGCUCUCUCAUUUGGAGUGCUUGGAGAUUGCAGCACGUGCUAGGUGGCUGCCUGCUGUGACUGCUUCUUCCCUCCAGUCCCGAGCGAGUCGAGUGCUUUGUGACAGAGAAGGCCAGGUGAAGAUCUCGACGGAUGCGACAGUGAGAGAGGGAGUCGGGAUUGGUUGUGGAGCUGUGUUGACGUUUGGAGAUUAUGAAGUUUUGGGGUGUCGGUUUGGUUUUAAAAGGGGUGAAUUUUCUGCUGUUGAAGCCGAAGCUUUGGCGAUGCUUGAAGGGCUGAAUCUCUGCUGCGAACAUGGAGCUUCGGAUAUUAUUGUCGAAACGGAUUGUCAAUCUUUAUAUUGGAUGGUGGUCAAACGAGAAAUGGAUUUUUCUUAUCUUGGUAAUACUCUUUCUGCCAUCUAUGAGCUGUUUUGUUCCUUCACUCAUUGUUAUUAA